AUGUCCUCUCAAGUAUCACCUAGAAACAUGGCGUCUGAGUCACUCCAUUCUCGCCAAAACAAAGCAGAUACGUUCGUCGUUUCAAUCCCUGACGACGCAAAUGGCAACCAGCUGGUUUUAAAGAAAUUGAACGAAAUAUACAGCCCUGCGCUAAAGUUGUUGAAGCUUUUCGGGGCGUACUAUGGACAAACCAAUUUAAAACAUUUGGAAUGCAUGCCAACCAGUCGGCGUGGAAAACAAAUAUUUUCGAAGAUAUAUUGUGGUCUGAUGAUAUCCCUUUUAUGCUUAGACUGCGUUAUGGCUGUCUCUGGGAUUUUUACUUCAGGGGCAGAAUUUGUCUUUUUGAUGUUUGCUCUUAUAAAACUUAUGAUAGUUAUCUGUGGAAUAACCUCAUUAGCGUUCCUUCCUUUAACUACUCCCAGAAGAUGUCGAUUCGAACAAUACCUUCGUCGCCUAAUCACAAACAGCAAAGGUAUCAAUUUUAAUUUUGUGAGGAAAAAGUCGAGAAAAGGCUUCAUAGUUAUCUGUUUACUUUAUGUACCAAUUGUUACGUUUACCGUUAUCGGUGAUCAAAAGUUGGACCUUGACCUUACUUGUUGUAAGCCUUGGAGUGAGUGGUUUGGCUUUCGAGUGAUUGCGCAGUUGUCUACAAUUAUUGGCAGUGCAGUGUGGUUGCUUUCGAUGUAUUUCUUCUAUCUAACCUGUAGAAUCCUAGUAGAAUGUUUCGAUGGGCUUUAUAAGAGAAUGUCAUCAUUACCUCCGCUCUCAGCAGACUUUCCAUCUUUAAAAAUGGAACAUCACAAGUUAUGCGAAGUAGUCGAACUUGCCGACAAGAUGCUCUCCCCACUCCUUCUCGGGGUUGUGGCGUUGUACAUCCCAAUGCUGUGCAUCAGUUUUUACAACUCUGUCAUUUUCCGAGAGGAUUUGAAGUUGAUGGCCCUUGCUGCUGAUAUUUCCUGGUGCUUUAUUGCAGCAGGCGUCUUAGCAAUUGUCCUGUUCUUUGGAUCUAAAGUCAGCGAAAAGAUUCACAGUUUUCAAAAGAUUUUGCAAACGCUUCCCGUCUCGACAGCAGAGGAAGCAAAGGUAUUGCUGUUUUUACUCGACCUUCAAGGAGAACCGAAAGGUUUAUCAAUUGGAGGAUUGCUGGUCAUAACUAAGUCCACAUCCUUGGCGAUUGCUGGAAUGAUAGUCUCCUACUUCACAGUUCUUCUAUCUUUGCCGCGUUGACGUUUGAAAGAUAUAACAUCGUUUAGUUAUGUCAAUGACAGAGAUGGUUCUCAGAUUUCAAUCGAGGGCUAGUCUCUAUCACUGAAAUUGUUGGUUUUCUCGAGGUAAAAAUUGAUGUCAAGGAGAAGCCUUGUGACAUUUUAUCCUUUUUGGUAGCAAUGCAGUCUUCAGUAGACUUGCCAUUUCAAAGGUUGUUGUAAAGUUAUGACUUGUGCUCUGGA